AUGGCGCAACAGCGGCAGCAAAGCAGGCACGGGAGCGGCGGCGGCGGCGUCCUCCGCCUCGUCGCGGUGCUGCUCCUGCUCUCGCUCUGCCUCGCUCGCGCCGACGCCGUGGCCGCGCCUUCGGCUCCUCUCGGUAUAUGUUCCUGGGUGUCCCACGUCGGCCAGUUCCGGAUUGGGGUCCUUCCCGACUUUGAUUUGAACGGCUUGGUCUCUGUGCUCUCUUCUCUUUGCAGCGGGUGCUGUGCUGCCUCAGAGUCGGAGCAUGGCGUGGCGACCGCACUGGAGAAUGCUCUAGCACAGGAGGAGGUGGCCCGCGGGCACUCCACGGCCUCGACGGCGGCGGCAGAGGAGGACGACGGCGACGGAGCGGUGGUGCUAGAGAGGGUGGCGAUGGAGUCGACCGAGAACUACGGCUUCCCCAGCGCCAAUAGCCGGCACGUCCCGCACCCGUGA